UAUUCAGUGGAUACUUUAUUGUCUUGUCCCUCUUCCCAUCGGAAUCUCAAGAACAAGUGCAAGACAACAAGACACUAUAACAAAUUCUGGCUUAUGCUCUCACAACUUCUUGACAGUAAGUCCAUUUCUACAAGCUAGACAGAAAAAGUUCUUGGACCUUUAUCUCUUUUCUUAUAUUCUUGCAUGUACUAAGCCUUUCAUUAAAGCAUAUUUUUCUUUCAUUUUUAUCAUCAUUUAUAUUCUAAAGUUUCAUCACCUAAUUAUGGUGCCAAAAUAGAUUCACCUCUUAAACUGGCAAUUGCCUUAAAAAUUAUUCCUAAAAUCUGCACAACACUUGCCAUUGCUCUCAGCAUUUCAUUUUUGUAUCUUUGUGUGCAUAAAAAUGCAGAAAUAUGUAACAUAUACUUACUGCUUUCUGCUUAUUGCCCCUUUCUGAAAUUAUCAGAAAUAUGUUCAGUUUGGAUUAUAGUAAUAGAACUUAUGGUAACUCUUUGAUGUCUUUUAUGGCUAUAUUUGGAAAUUUUUCAUGAUCAAACUUGUUGGUACUAAGCUUGGAUUGUAGUAAUAAAACUUAGCACAAUGUUGGUACUUUAAAAAAAAAAGAAGUCAAUGUGGAUAAAAGUUGAAAUAAAGUGAGAUCGGUGCAUUAAUGGACUGGAUUGACUUGAUAUCUAAUGAAAUGUGACUUUAUUUAAUUAUGUGCUCAAAUUCUUCUAUGGGAUUAUACAUUUAUGUACUAACAAUAAGCAAAUCUUGACUUGGAUUAUUAGAUUUCAAUAAAGGGAGGCUCUUUAUAAACAACAAAAAUGUAUGGCAAAAUUCAAGGGCCGAUAAUAAAAGUAGGUGGCUUGAAAGAUCAUCUUUUUUGGUACUACUACUUCACAUGUGGAAAAUUUCCAUGAACAAUUGAAACUGAAUAGUCAUAAAACUCAUGAUUAUUUUUUAACUUUAAUGAUCAUUAGUAGGAUUUUUAUCUCUUACCUUGCUCAUCUUUUGUUUUUUUCCUAAAGAUCAAAUUAAGAGCUUCUUCUGCCUAUAAUUAAUUCUUUCUUUGUGCUUGAUUUCUGGCAAGUGGUGACCCUGGUGCAAGAAAAUGAUUGAGCGAUGAAAACGAGAAAGUCAUAUGAAAGAACUGGACGAAAAGGAAAUGGUUGAGUUUGAUUAUGAAGAACUUGUAAAAGCGACCCAAAGUUUCUCACCAUCAAGACUGAUUGGCAAAGGCAGCCAUGGAGCGGUCUACCAAGGCAUUCUUCAAGAUAACCAAGUAGUGGCCGUAAAGAGAUCAUCCAUCAAUGGUGUUGAGGCACAACGUGACAACUUGAAGAAGCUAAACAAUGAAAUAUCUAUAUUGUCAUCUUUACGUCAAAGUUCUCACAUCAUUAGCUUUCUCGGAGCUGCCGCUCAUGACUCAGCCAACGACGACGAGCUUUUGGUGAUGGAGUUGAUGCCUAAUGGUUCUUUGCAUGAUUUGCUACACUCUGGAGCCUCCCAACCCUCGUGGCCUAAACGUGUAGAGAUCAUUAUGCAAAUAGCAAGGGCGGUUCAGUUCCUCCAUGAAGGCAAGCCUUUGGUCAUCCAUAGGGAUAUUAAAUCUGCUAAUAUUUUGCUUGAUUUAACUUGGACUGCUAAAUUGGCUGACUUUGGACUCGCAGUCUCGCUCUCGCCAACAGACUCGCUGAGUCAGGCGACUCAACCAGCCGGCACUAUUGGGUACUUGGACCCCUGUUACAGCGCCCCUGACAAACUGAGCACUAAAAUCGACGUGUUUAGUUUAGGGGUUGUUUUCUUAGAAAUUAUUUGCGGUAGAAAAGUCAUUGAUGUCUCCAAAGCCCCGGCUUCAAUAGUUGAAUGGGCAAUUCCAUUAGUUAAAAAGCAAAGGAUGAUGGAUAUCUGCGACCCCAGAACUCGAUUUCCAACGUACAUGGAAGGCAUGAUCAGGAGAAUAUUGAGCGUGGCAUCACGUUGUUUGUCAGAACAGGAAGACAACCGUCCUUCAAUUGGAGAAAUUAUCAUGGCAAUGGAGACUUGUUCCAUUGAACGAGUCAGAACUAUUACUACUUGGAGUAGCAUCUUGCAGAACUUGGUUCUAAUCAGGAGGCGGCCAAAGAGUAGACAAUGUAGGGCCAUUCAUGCAAACCAGCAAGGUGAUGUUAAUAGCGACGUUUCAAGAGGGAAAAUGUUGCUAAAGGAGAUAUUAGCAGAUGUUAUGUUGAAAUGA